GGUUGCUCACAGGGAUUAGCAGCACAAGAACAGAGCAGCUGAACAGAGCAGAGGAGCUUCUUUCUUUCUGCCAACAAGAUUAGCAAUGGCGACCAAGAUCUACAUCGUGUACUACUCGACGUGGGGCCACGUGGCGACGCUGGCGGAGGAGAUCAAGAAGGGCGCCGAGUCCGUGGACGGCGUGGAGGCGACGGUGUGGCGGGUCCCCGAGACGCUGCCGGAGGAGGUGCUGGGGAAGAUGCACGCGGCGCCGGUGCGGGAGGAGCACCCGGUGAUGGUGGCGGCGGGGCAGCUGGCGGAGGCUGACGGCUUGCUGCUGGGCUUCCCCACGCGGUUCGGCAUGAUGGCGGCGCAGAUGAAGGCGUUCCUCGACUCCACGGGCGGGCUGUGGCAGGCCCAGGCCCUGGCGGGGAAGCCCGCGGGCCUCUUCUUCGCCACCGGCACCCAGGGCGGCGGGCAGGAGACCACCGCGCUCACCGCCGUCACGCAGCUCGCCCACCACGGCAUGCUCUUCGUCCCCAUCGGGGCCACCUUCGGCGCCGGGAUGUUCGGCAUGGACGAGGUCAGGGGAGGAAGCCCGUACGGGGCUGGCACCUUCGCCGGCGCCGACGGCAGCAGGACCCCCAGCGACACCGAGCUCGCCAUGGCCCAGCACCAGGGGAAGCACUUGGCCACCAUUGCCAAGAACCUCAAGGCCGGCGCCUCAGCAGCAGCAAAUUGAACUCAAUGUACUAUCCAUUGCUUCGUGGUUUGUUUAAUUUGCAACAGAAAUAAUAAUCGUAAUAUCUAUCGCUAUUCAUUGGUACA